UACUCCAUAGUACGUACGUGCGCGAUUUCCACACGAACAGACCAGCCCCGGUCGAUCCACUGGCCUAAACGGCCGGCCGGCCUAGGCUGAAGAACGCCCACCCCCACCACCAACCGCCCACCAGACUGGCGCCAGUGAUUCCGGAAGGAAUGGGAUCUAGAACGUCUGGAUGGUAAGGUACACUACCUUCGUUUCGGGUUCCUGGUUUGGCGGCGCCCCCUCUUUCUUUCUUUCCCCCUCUCUGUUCCCGCCGUUCCUGGGGAGGUUGGAGGUUGGUUGGUUGGUUGGUUGUGUGAGGAGACAAAGAAACUCUAUCGGCUUUUGGUUUUUGGUUCCUGGAUUUUCUUUUCUUUGUCUCUUUGUUGGAGGGACGGACCCACGAGGCUUACUCCACUUUCUACAUGGGGUAAUGAUAAUGCAUGUAAGAAUGAGAGAAAGAAAAAAGGAAGGGAAAUGGUUGGAAACUGAUCAACUGUGGUAUAUUAUUGGCGGGGGGAUGGAAAGAGUCUUGCGUGGACUUGGACUUCCCCAUGAAAGAAACAGAAAUGCCAAGAAAUGUGAAAUGUAGAAAGUAAAACAAAAUGGGCGGACAAAUGCCAUCCAUGAAAGUGUAUACAACUGUAAUAGUAAUA